AAGAUGUCAAUACAUGGCUGAAGAUAUUCCUCGUCAACCCAAACCAGAUGAUUUGCCAGAAAUUGAAUGGAGUGGUGGAUGGAGCGAACGACCUACUAUCCCAGGUCCAGAGCGUGAAGAAGUCUGCAUGGAUACAUUCGUACCGGCUGCAGGCUCGACAACAGCCACACAGGUCAUUUAUCUUCAAGAAGGGGUGAAGGGCGACGUACCGAUAGCCAAACUUAAUUAUAACGGGCCCGGGACUCCCGAGAUACGAAUACCAAUUCUCGUCGGUUCGUUCAAUCUCCUGGGUCCGAGGAUCGUUAGGAGUGAAAAUGACGAGUGGUUGCUUGUCAUUACUCAAGAACAAGACUUCGAGUCUCCUGGCAUGCAACAAUACAUGUUUGAAAUCAGCGUGACAGGCGAGUCUGUGUCGGUGCUAGUGAAUUUGUUAAUCGCCAACAUCGACGACAAUGACCCUAUUAUACAUUCUAUUGCUGCUUGUCAGGUCCCCGAACUCGGCGAAGCGCCCCGUCUCACAGAUUGUGCUUACCGAGUAUCUGACUUAGACGGAGAGUUGAGCAUCCGCGUGAUGACAUUCGAGAUCAACAGUGACCGCAACGAUGAAGAGAUCUUCAGCAUAACUUCAUCACGGAUCCCCUUCGACCAGUUCAACAUGACCAUGACCAUUGGGCUUCAGACUACGCUCAAUUUUGAAACUUCUCCAUUACAUAUCUUCCAAAUCACAGCGUUGGACUCUGUGGAAAAUUCCCACACAGUAACCCAGAUGGUACAAGUGGAGAAUGUCGAGCACCGCCCUCCGCGGUGGGUAACUGUCUUCGCAGUACAGCAGUUCGACGAGAAGACCGUCCAGAGUUUCACCUUGCGUGCAAUUGACGGCGACACGGGCAUUAACAAACUUAUUGACUAUGAACUUGAGAGGGAUGAAAAUGAAAAUUUCUUCUCGAUCGAACCAAUCGGACGCGAUGGAGUAAUAUUACACGUGGACCCAAUAGAUCGAGAUUACCUCGAACGAGAAGUAUUCCAUCUAUCUAUCAUUGCCUAUAAGUAUGACAACAGAUCGUUUGCCACGGCAGCCCCAAUUACCAUCAUUGUGAACGACAUCAAUGAUCAGAGACCUGUACCGUUACAAAAGGAAUACUUUGUUGAAAUCUUGGAGGAGACACCGUUAACCAUUAAUUUUGACGAGGAGUUUGGCUUCCAUGAUAGGGAUUUGGGUCCACAUGCUCAAUAUGAAGUUCGCCUAGAAAGUGUUUAUCCCGAAAACGCACAUACCGCAUUCUACAUAGCGCCGAAUGUCGGAUACCAAAGGCAGACUUUCACCAUGGGUACGACCAACCACAGCAUGCUGGAUUAUGAAGAUAUCCCAUUCCAGAACAUCAGAUUAAAGGUAAUAGCAACAGACAUGAAUAAUACGGAUUUUGAGGGCGUGGCUUACGUAAACAUCGACUUAAUCAACUGGAACGACGAGGAGCCAAUCUUCGAUAUCAACUCGCUUACUGUCAGAUUCAAAGAAACCGAAGGCAAAGGGUAUUGCGUUGGAACAAUGUUGGCGACGGAUAGAGACAUUGGAGAUGAAGUCGAGCAUUCAUUGAUGGGCAAUGCAGGUGAUUACUUAAGCAUAGACAGCGAAAGCGGAGAAAUAAUCGUGUCUAUCGACAACGCUUUCGAUUACCACCGGCAGCACGUACUUUUUGUACAAGUGAGAGCAGAUGACACACUGAUGGCACCGUUUCACACGGCUACUUCACAGCUCAUCAUCGAACUCGAAGACGUCAACAACACUCCUCCGACGAUGAGAUUGCCACGUGGUAGCCCUAAUGUCGAAGAAAACGUGCCUGAAGGUUAUGAGAUUACGCGGAAUAUAACAGCAACGGAUCCUGACACGACUGCACAUUUGCGAUUCGAGAUCAAUUGGAACACAUCGUAUGCCACUAAGCAGGGCAGAGACACUCCCGCUGUCGAAUACCAUGGAUGUGUGGACAUCGAAACAAUCUUCCCCGACCCUACCACAAAUGGGACAGCCAUCGGGCGUAUUGUGGUGAAGGAGAUCCGGGAUAACAUCACCAUCGACUACGAGGAAUUCGAGAUGCUCUACAUCACUGUACAGGUCUGGGACGACAAUACCGUGCUUGGAACUGAGUACGAUGAAUCAACAUUGACAAUCACGAUAAUAGACAUGAACGAUAAUCCGCCGAUCUUCAGUGCCGGCACUCUAGCGCAGGAAUUCCGCGUGCGCGAGUUGUCCGACAGCGACACCAUCAUCGGUUCCGUGUUUGCUACCGAUAUUGACGGCCCGCUUUACAACCAAGUGCGAUACACCAUCGUCCCCAGAAACGAUACACCUGAGGACUUGGUGAAGAUAGACUUCUACACCGGCCAGAUCUCAGUAGACAAAAACGGCGCCAUUGAUGCGGACAUCCCACCGCGUUGGGAACUGCACUACACCAUCGUGGCCAGCGAUAAAUGUUACGCUGAAGAUAUUGAAGAUUGUCCACCUGAUCCGGUAUAUUGGAACACUGAAGGAAAUAUCACAAUUCAAAUCCUGGACACGAACAACCGAAUUCCGACGCCGGACACCACGAUGUACAACGAGACUGUGUAUAUCUUCGAAAACGCCACUUCUGGAGAUUUUGUGCAGCAACUAUUUUCGAAUGAUCUUGAUAGAGAUGAAAUAUACCACACGGUCAGCUAUCUGAUAGACUUCGCGGUGAACGACGCGUCAAUAUACUUCGCGGUGGAGCUAGACACUGGUGUGGUGACAGUGGAGUACUCCACGAACGCUGUGCUGGACCGUGAUGGAGACUAUCCCACUCACAGGAUUUUCUUUAACGUUUUUGACAACUAUUACUUUGAAGGCGGCGGUAGAAGAAAUCAAAAUACAGCACAAAUACUGGUAAUCCUGUUGGAUGUAAACGACAAUGCACCGCGGUUGCCAGCUGAUGAGAGCUGGAGCAUCUCAGAAAACGAGGAAGUGGGACAUCGCCUCGUGCCUGAUAUUUACGCCCCGGAUGAUGACGAAGAGGACACUGACAAUUCGCGUGUCGGCUACGCUAUCCUAGAUCUCACAAUUACUGACAGAGACAUCAGUGUGCCACAGCUGUUCCACAUGAUCCAAAUAAAAAACGUCACCGGUGAAUUGGAAGUAGCCAUGCCCUUAAAAGGGUACUGGGGAACAUACAGUAUACAUGUAUUGGCGUACGAUCACGGCAUCCCGCAGCAGAUGUCCAACGAGACUUACGAGAUCGAGAUUAGGCCUUACAACUUCCACGAUCCGGAGUUCGUGUUUCCAGUUAGCGGAACUUUCGUACGACUUGCCAGGGAACGAGCAGCAGUCAAUGUAAUGUUAGCAAAGGUAGACGGUGACUUCCUGGACAGAUUAUCAGCUACUGACGAAGACGGGCUUCAUGCAGGAGUGGUAAACUUCGAAGUCGUCGGUAAUGCUGAAGCUUUGAACUACUUUGCUGUAGUAAACGAAGGAGAGAACCAAGGAUUCCUCACACUAACGCAAGUGUUCACCGAAGAGGUCAGAGAAUUUCAGAUAGUAAUCCGUGCAACGGACGGCGGUACGGAGCCUGGGACUCGAUUCACCGAAACUACGUUGAAUGUAAUAUACGUACCUACCUCAGGAGAUCCUGUAUUUGAACAAAACACAUACAAUGUAGCUUUCCUCGAAAAAGAAGGCGGUUUGGAAGAAAUAUUCAAAUUACCUGAUGCCAAAGAUCCAAAGAACGAGCGAUGCACAGAUGACUGUUUUCCGAUUUAUUACAGAAUCUUUGAUGGGAACGACGAUGGUUACUUCGGUCUGGACACAAACGAGAUCUUCCUCUUAAAAGAGCUGGAUCGUGAGCAAGCCGAAUCCUACGUGAUCAAUGUAGCUGCCAGCAACAGUUUGACCGCUGGAAACCCACUGCCUGCAUCUACCCUUACCGUCAAUAUUGCUGUGAGAGAAGCAAACCCCAGACCGAACUUCGUACAAGACCUCUACUUGGCUGGCCUUUCUAUCAACCAUCCCAUUGGCAGGGAACUUCUCACCGUGCGCGCUACACAUUCUGAUGGGGCAACUAUCACGUACACGAUAGACGAAGAUUCAAUGGUGGUAGACCCAAGUCUGGAAGCUGUACGUGAAUCGCCGUUUUUGCUGAACCCUACUACUGGCGUACUGACUCUUAAUAUGCAACCUAACGCGGCUAUGGAAGGCAUGUUCGAGUUCGAUGUCGUUGCUACUGAUCCCGCUGGUGAAACGGACAAAACGGAAGUCAGGAUCUACAUAGUAUCGUCCGGGAACAGGGUUGUCUUUAUAUUCUUGAACACUGUGGCUCAAGUUGAACAGCACAGAAACUUCAUCGCCGACACGCUUUCAACUGGCUUCGACAUGGAGUGUAUCAUCGACGACGUAUUACGAGGAAGCAACAACGCCGGUGUCGCACAGGAUGAUGUUACUGAAGUGCGGGCUCACUUCAUCGACGACAACCGACCAGUCCCAGUUGAAGUUAUUGAAGCUAUUCGUACCGACACAGCAGUUCUUCACCAGAUCCAGCGCACGCUCAGCACGGAAUUACUGAUCCUACAGGACAUGGCAACAGAUAUUAGUCCAGUCGUUGACAAAAGUCGUAUUAUAGUCUACGUACUAGCUGGUCUUGCCGGGUUCCUUGCCUUACUUUGCGUCAUUCUGAUAUUGGUUUAUAUCAUCAAGACAAGAAACUUAAAUACACGCCUGAAAGCGAUGUCGGUGACGAGGUUCGGGUCUAUUGAUUCGGGCCAGGAACGCGCGGGCGCCAUGGGAAAUUAUCCUGGCGCUAACAAGCACACCGUCGAAGGAUCUAAUCCUGUAUGGAACACAACCGUCCUUACACCUGACUUUGAUGCCAAAAGUGAUGUAUCCGGAGACUCGGACCUGAUUGGCAUCGAGGAUCUGCCGCAGUUCCGAGCAGAUUACUUCCCUGAUGAUAAUGAAUAUGACAACAAUGAACAGGUGGUUGCGAGCCACAACAACAACUUUAAGUUCAACAAAGGCCCGUUCACCUACGAGAGCGCUCUGGAAACGGGGGAGGGACCGUCCCGAAGAAUGUAACACUAAAUAGUGAUAUAUUAAAUAUAACUGAUAUAAAUGUUUAAUUUCAAUAUUUAAAAUACUCAUAAUAAAUUGCCAACCAUUGGAUUGAUUUGAAAAUCGCAUUUACGCGGGGUCUGGGAGCUAAGCAACAGGUAAUAAUACGCACAUUAUGUUGUAUACUUGAUCAACGCGGCUAGAUCAUAAAAUAAAUUGUCCGUUAAACUUCUAAUCGUGGAAAUUUUUCAAAACAUUUUUCAGAACUUAAAAAGAAUGUAGGACCAGAAUUUUUUUUAAAUAUUCAGGAAACUAUAUUUUUUUAUGAAAAAUGUUUUUUUUUUAAAUGAACAUUUUUCAAUAACCUCAAUAUUUAUUAAAAAUGUCACAGUUACAAGACUUAGAUGUAAGUUAAACCAUGGUUAAACCUUUGCCUUUUCCUUAACGAAAAGAAAGAAUUUAGAAAACAACAACGAUUUUAUUAAACCUUCCACGCAUGCCGUUACCGUUUCAUUACAUAGGUAAUUAUUGAAAUUGCUUAACUGCAUUAUACAAGUAAAAAUGUAUGAAUAGCUUAUCUAAUGUGAGGACAUGGAUACUAAUAUUUGAUAUAAAUAUUAUAUCAAUACCAUUGACUUACAAUUAUAUGGACGUCGGGUCCGCGCUAAAAAGUGUCCGAACUUGUAAGGCGUUAAAAUCAUAUACAUAGCGUCAAACUCCG